GAUCAGCCUACCUCAUCAUCAGACGUCAUGGAAACGGGAAUACAGGCAUAGGUUUCGCAGCGUUAUGUCUGUGGAUUGGGAGCGUACAUAUAGGUGUAACUAGCAUUGGACACCAGUAUCACUUCGGAAUACAACAUAACAAUCAUAUUACUGAGAGAGCAAUCACCCAAUGAACAUAGCAAUCACCCAAAAGAGGCUCUUUAUGCUAUGUACAGAAUAAUUACGGAUCUGGAUAGAAAUUGAACUAACAAAAUCAGCAUUCGGAUUUAUUCUACUUUAGUAUAUAAUAAUACCAGAAAAUAACAUUAUAACGUUUAAAAUGGCUGAUAUGGAAAAAUAUCGAGCUGUUUUUAAUUUAUUUGAUGACAAUAAUGAUGGGUUUAUCAAUGCUAGAGAGCUGAGUGAUGUGUCUAAGAAGUUGGGAUAUGCCCUGCCAAAAGAGAAGAUACAGGCCAUUGUUGCUAAGUUAGAUGAUGAUUCCUCAGGUGACAUUGACUUUGAAGAGUUCUAUAAAGCUAUGGUGAACAUACGAGGGCCUUCCAAAAACAGUACUGCUGCAACCAAUGGUACCAAUGGCACUAAUGGUACUCCAGAACAGACUCCAUCUCCCAUCACAGACAAGAAACUUGACCUUGAGGAACGGAGAAGACGUCGUCGAGAGUUACGUAAUCAGGGCAUCGGCUCAUCUGGAGAGGACAGUAGCAGUGUGAGUAAUUCACUGGUUGGGAGCUCACCAACCAUGUCUGAGGAGGAACUUAGUGUCGCCUCCUCCAGGAGUGUCCAGGAGUCUCCCCCAGAGUCACCCGCACCCCCUAGCUCUGACGGUGAUGCACCUCUGCCCCCACCACCAAGCUCUGAUGGUGAUGCACCCAUGAGCGAGGAGGUCAAUGCAACGACUGAUGAUGAUAACUACAGUGGGGGUUUCAGUAAGGUGGAUUAUAUUUCUAAACCUGUUGAGGAGCCAAUUGAAGCUAUCCCUGGGAUUAAAGUUGAAGCUGGGUUUGGAGCAAGUAUGCAACCUGGGUUUGAAGAGGAUACACAAGCCUCCAAGCUACCAAAACCUCAUGAAUUGGAUGAGGAAAUUCAGCAAGAGUCCCUGCAGCUUCAGGCAUCAUCGCCAAUGCAUGCUUCCGAUUCUCUCUAUGACUUUGGCCCUGCACCUUAUAUAGAGGGCGCAAUAACACCAAAAAGUAGUACUCAGGACUUUUCACAACCUGUUCCAAUAGAGGAAGACAUUACACCAGAAAAUAGUAUCAGUGCAGAAAAUGCUCCUAUUGCUUUCACCACUAAGCCUAGUGAACCUAAAUUGGAUGAUAAGAUCAUAGAAGAUGUAGCACCAACUACAGCACAAGAUACUUCCAGUGAGCAGCCAUACAGCUUCCAGCCAAUCAAACCUGAAGAUGACACUGUCAAUGUUGUUGAUAGUAAGCCAUCUGAUUUUGGACAAGAGGAGAUUGAGCCAUAUGUACCUGACCCUGACAGACCGGCCACACCAAUCACAUAUGAGGAUUCAGGUUUUUCCUUCGGGGCUAUGGAUCCAGCUGAUUUCUCACCCUCUAAUGAACCUCUCCCUGAUUGUAACCUUGGUUACAAGCCUGACCCAGACAGGCCACCUACCCCCAUCGAGUCACAAGAUUCGGGAUUCUCCUUCUCAGAGAUGAAACCUGGUGAUUAUGAACCCGUGAAACGUAAACCAAGUGUAACACAGAAGACAGAACCUGUGAAGCCCAUAAAAGAAAAGAAGAAAAAGAAGGAGAAACGCAAGCCAAUGAGCUUCUCAGGUAUAAUCUUUGAGCUCCUAUUGGCUGAUGUGGUCAUUGCGCUGGUCUCUCUCUCACCGCGGAGUCUUGUGCAUGAGGCCACCAAUGAUCAGGCCUUCAUGAAAGCAUUCGGAAGUGCCAUAGGAUUUGCUGCUGUUGUUGCAGUUUGGUUGUAUCUGGUGUUCUUCCUUUAAACAAUAUGUACAAUGUGCAUACAAGUACAAUGCAUAUGAGUGUACAAUAUGAAUUGUAUACAAGUACAAUGGAUAUGAGAGUACAAUGUGUAUACAAGUACAAUCUACUACACUAGGACAGUUGAACAAUUGGUAAAGUGAUUGUACUGAGAACGUAAUAACAUUGGCAAUAACCUACCACACAAGGAUACAAGAGUGACAAUCAAAGUUGCCUGUUUAUAAAAGAAAGAUCCCUGCAAUAUUGGGAGACCAUAUAUUUUGUUUAUUAUUCAUCAAAUACAGUUCCUCGCAGUACAAGCCAUAAAGAGAAUCUUCCAAACACAUCAGGAUAGUAUAAUAUGAAACGAAAGCAUGUUGUCUGAAGGAAUUAGAAGUGGUAGAGAGUGUAAGAUAUUUUGGAAGCAUUUAAAAUCAAAGAAUAUUGUUAAAUUGUGACCAUUUGUCAAACUUACUCUCCACUCAUCUCUAUUCCUUCUAGUCUUUUCUUUCUCAUACAGACACAUGAAUAGAUAUUUAGAUGGCGUUUAUUCUUACUUUGGUACAUGUGUACAGAAAUGUAAAUAUCCAGUUUUGUUCUAGUUUUGUGGCUUUACAUUUGCAAGUUGUAGAAUUUUUACAAGAUCUCUGUAUUGUUUUCAUAUCUCACAUUUUGAGGUGCAAUAUUAUAAUCAUUGUGCAGUAAAAACAUGUACCCGAUAUCUUGUUUUACAUCUAUUUAUUGUUUUUUGACACAUUUAAUCAUUUAUUACUGCUAAAAACUGGUUCUACUGAAAAUUAUUUUUUUGGACAAAAGAAAUUGUCUUUCUUGAUCAUCAUUACAUACUAAAUAUUGAUUCUCAUAAAGUCUGGUAGUCUUCAUGAAUAUGCAUUAGGCAUCCUAUGUACAUGCCCCUUUAUAAUUCAAAUUAUUUGGGUUGCGUGUCAUUCAAACCUAAAAAUACAGACAGUAGUACAACAUUUUGUAGAAAAUUACAUUAAUAUUUUAGAUGCAAAACGUUUAACCUCUAGUAAUUUAGGGAGUUCGACCCAUGUUAUUUUACUGAAUAUGGAGACUUGGUGUAUGCCAAAUUG